AUGCAGCCAGCGCUGACUGGUAGCUCCCGUGAUUGUGUCGAAUUUCGACCAUCGAGUGCGGGCCUUGGGCCACCAGGUGGAGGAGCGUCGUCUUCAGCCGGGCUGCUAUCCACCAAGUGCAAGAGAAGAUGCCGGGCUCUUUCCAUUGUCCGUUUGAGAGCAAGGGGGCCCAGUCAAGAGGGACAUUCUCAACAUUUAAGCCACUCUUUUAGUGACGAUGAACUUGAAUUGACAGUAGAAGACUCUAGAAAGGUGUUCUGUUACGGAUGUGGUGUCAAGCUGCAAACAACACAACCUGGAGAAAUGGGGUACAUUGAACCGGAAAAGUAUGCAACCAAGUUGGAACACAGGCAAUACACACAGAUGCUUUGUGAACGCUGCAUUUCAUUGUGCCACGGCAAGAUGGUGCCUGCGGUCGAUGACAGACACCAGAAAAACCUCUCUUUUGCAUCCAGCAUUGACGCUACCAGCGAGAAAGAACCUGCUCCAAAAGUGUUGAUUGCACCUGAAGAGCUAAGAAGGCAGCUGAAGGCAAGUCUGACAGCACCAUAG